GGAAAAUAAAUGAGAAGAUAAACUCCAUUUUUAUCAGCUCGGGAACAGCGAGGAAAACACCAAAAGACAUAUCUGAGUUCUGUCGGAAUCUCCCCAAAUCCGCCAGUUCAGUAUUAGACAAUCGAGAUCCUCUCCAAAACAAUGGAAACCAGAGAACCAGAGGUCAUCAGAGACAAAGAAGCGAUGAGAAGAUGGUCAAGAAGCAUGAGAUCCCAAGGGAAGACAAUCGGCUUGGUCCCCACGAUGGGUUUCCUCCACGACGGCCACUUGUCCCUCGUCCGUCAAUCCCUCACACUCUCCGACGUCACCGUCGUCUCAAUCUACGUCAACCCAGGCCAGUUCUCUCCCACGGAAGACCUCUCCACUUACCCUUCUGAUUUCUCCGGCGAUCUCUCCAAGCUCGCCGCCGUUUCCUCCUCAAAUUCCGAUGUAAUCGUCGUGUUCAACCCGAGAAACCUCUACGACUACAACGACGGAGAGAGGAGGAAGAAGAAGACAAACGGCGGGGGAGGUGGAGGUGGAGGGAAGGUUGUGGUGAGCUGCGUGGAGGAAGGUGGGUUAGGGCACGAGACGUGGGUUAGAGUGGAGAGACUGGAGAAAGGUUUGUGCGGGAAGAGCAGGCCUGUCUUCUUCAGAGGCGUCGCCACUAUUGUUACUAAGCUUUUCAAUAUCGUUGAGCCUGACGUUGCUAUGUUUGGCAAAAAAGAUUAUCAGCAGUGGCGUCUUAUCAAGAGAAUGGUUCGAGAUCUUGAUUUUGGGAUUGAGAUAGUGGGAUCGGAUAUAGCUAGAGAAAAAGAUGGGCUUGCUAUGAGUUCUAGGAAUGUUCAUCUCUCAGGUGAAGAAAGGCAAAGGGCGUUGUCUAUAAGUAAGUCACUGGCCAUGGCUAAAGCUUCUGCGGCACAAGGGAAAACCGGUUGUAAAGAGCUUAAGGAUAUGAUCAUUUCGGAGAUUGUUGGAGCUGCAGGAAGAAUCGAUUAUGUCGAGAUUGUUGAUCAAGAAACUCUUGAAGGAGUGGAAGAGAUAAAGAGUGGAAUAGUGAUUUGUGUUGCUGCCUGGUUUGGAACGGUUAGGCUCAUAGACAACAUUGAGAUUAAUGUCGCUGUCUAGCUUCUCCCACUUUCCCAUCAAGUUUCAAGAGAAUCUUCGAAGUUUUGAUUGGUAAUUAUGCAUCUGAAGCCUUUGGAAAGAGAGAAGAACGUUGAAAAUCAACGUGUUUAUUAUUUUAGCUUUUACAAUAUUUGUCUGAAAGAGAAAGAUUGAAAACACAGAAUCACAUUUGCACACUCUUUGAUGUCUCCAUUAUAUCGUCUCGUUAAACUCAAAAACCUGAGUGUGUUUGAUUUUUGAUGCAAGCAAGAAGAAUAAAUAUUACUCCCUUAUAUAACA